GGCAUGUGCGGGGGAUCAUGACGUCAACGUCAGACAGAUCUCAGCGCGUUCGUUUACAGCGAUCUUUUCAAAGUUUCAAUGGCUCGUGAUUUAAAACGUCGAUUCCGCGGCCAAUCCGCACUACAUAGGACCAGAUAGACGGCCGUUUUAUUUUGGCGUGAAUUAGAAUCGUUCCUACGCAGUGACCUUUUGGUGCUCGAAUGCAGAAUAUCGCGUAGGAGUCGUUGUGUGCGCGGUGAACGUUUGAUUUCUGCCUGUUUUCCUUCACAGCUAAAUGGAGUCACGGGUGGAAUUCAGUCGACAGGAGAUCAACAGUACGGUAUGGGAAGUUCCGGAAAAGUACAUUUGCUUGAAGCAGAUCGGAACUGGAGCGUAUGGCAGCGUGUGCUCGUCCAUCAACAAUAAAACCAAAGAAAAGGUGGCCAUCAAGAAGCUGCACCGGCCCUUUCAGUCGGAGAUCUUCGCAAAGAGAGCCUAUCGUGAACUGAGGCUACUCAAGCAUAUGAAACAUGAAAAUGUAAUAGGCUUGCUAGACGUCUUCACUCCUGCCUCCAGACUGGAUGACUUCCAAGACUUCUACCUGGUGAUGCCGUACAUGUAUACGGAUCUCUCUAAAGUCAAGGGCGUCCUUACAGAAGACCGUAUCCAGUUCCUGGUUUAUCAGAUGCUGUGCGGACUAAAGUACAUUCAUGGUGCUGGCAUCAUUCACAGAGACCUCAAACCAGGAAACCUGGCUGUGAACCAAGACUGUGAGCUGAAGAUAUUGGAUUUCGGCCUGGCGCGUCAUGCUGAAGCAGAGAUGACAGGUUAUGUUGUGACGCGGUGGUACCGGGCCCCUGAGGUUAUUCUAAACUGGAUGCACUACACGCAGACAGUGGACAUCUGGUCUGUUGGGUGCAUCAUGGGUGAAAUGUUCAAUGGAAAAACACUCUUUAAAGGAAAAGACUACAUGGAUCAGUUAACUCAGAUAAUGAAAGUAACGGGAACACCAGGUCCAGAAUUUAUUGAGAAACUUGAAAGCCCAGAGGCUAAGAGCUAUAUCAAAUCCCUGCCCCACUACCCACGCAAAGAUUUCUCUACAUUGUUUCCCAGAGCCAGUAAAAAAGCGGUAGAUCUGCUUGAGAAGAUGCUGGUGUUAGAUGCUGAUGCUCGACUCACUGCUGAUGGUGCAUUGGCUCACAGUUAUUUCGAUGGCCUGAGGGACCCAGAGGACUGGCCAGAGCCCACGUCAUACGAUGACAGCUACGACAAUGCCACAUUGCCCUUAGAAGAGUGGAAACGUUUAUCAUUUAAAGAAGUGAGGAGCUUUGUUCCUUUCCCAAGAAGAGACUCAAAGAGAAGAAACACACUCACAAUGUGAUAGUGGGUCUGACAUUUACGCUGUACUGUAUUGCAAUUAUGCAAUUUAGUCUCCGCCUCGAAACAGUUUAGAAUGUUUAUUCACUCCUUAAAAAGUAUAUGAAUAGCAGUAUUUUGUACAAUAACCAACUCUUUUUGGAAAAUGGGGGAUAUUUUCUGGGCUUCUGGUGAAUGAGCAUUUUAUUUUUAGUGACAGUUCAUGUAAAGUCAUAUGAUAGCUCUGUGUGGGGAACAAAAUUUUCAUUCUGCUAAAUGUUCUCCUUGUGCUUUCCACAAAAAAGAAAAUAAUUUCAAAAGAUGUGAGGGUGAGUAAAUGAUAACAGAUUUUUUUAUUUUUAAGUAAACUAUCCCCUAAGUGCUAUCAGGUUAAAAUUGCUCUAUAAAAGGACAGCCAUAUACAAUUUCAAGUAUUUUAGUGUUAUGGGUCUUAAAAUUCAAAUAUUUUCCCAGUCUAUACCGUUUGAAUUUUGGGCUUUUUUUUUUUUUCUUUUUUUUUUUUAAAUGAAUACUUUUAUUUAGCAAUGAUGCAUAAAAUUGAUCAAAACUGACAGUAAAUACAUUUAUAAUGUUACAAAUAAAUGUAACAUAAGUUUUUUUUUUUACGUUCUAUUCAUCAAAGAAUCCUGAAAAAAAAAAAAUGUAUUACAGUUUCCACAAAAUUUUAAGCAGCACAACUGUUUUCAACAUUGAUAAUAAUAAGAAAUAAGCAGGAAAUCAGCAUAUUAGAAUGAUUUCUGAAGGAUCAUGUGACACUGAAGACUGGACUAAUGAUGCUGAAAAUUCAGCUUUGCCAACACAGGAAUAAAUUACAUUUUAAAAUGUAUUAAUUUCACAAUAUUACUGGUUGUUUUUUUGUUUUGUUUUUUUGAUCAAAUAAAUGCAGCCUUGGUGAGCAUAAGAGACUUACGUCAAAAACUUUUUUGUUUUUUUGUAUAUGUCCUUUUUUGUAUAUGUGUAUGUGCUUUCAGACACUGUAACCACUGUUACUGACUUCUGUUAAACACUUAAAGAAAGUUUUAGCAUUGAGAUAUGUUUACCUACUUAAAAUCAAUAUGAAAUAAAAAUCACAACCCAUUUUACUUCAAUAA